AUGCCGAAGAAUAAGGGAAAGGGAGGCAAGAACCGGAGGCGUGGAAAGAACGAGAACGACGACAACAAGCGCGAACUUGUCUUCCGCGAGGAUGGACAGGAAUAUGCGCAGGUCAUCAAGAUGUUGGGCAAUGGGCGCCUCGAGGCGAUGUGCUUCGAUGGCGAGAAGCGCCUAGCACAUAUCCGUGGAAAGAUGCGCAAGAAAGUCUGGAUCAACCAGGGAGAUAUCAUUCUCAUCUCGCUGCGUGAGUUCCAGGACGACAAGGCGGAUGUCAUUGUCAAGUACACCGCCGAUGAGGCUCGCAACUUGAAGGCGUACGGCGAGUUGCCAGAGAACGCCAAGAUCAAUGAGACGGACACGUUCGGCGAGGAGGAGGGAGAGUGCACAUUCGAGUUCGGGGACGACGACGAGGUCGACAUCGACGACAUCUAA